AAGACGGACAAUAUGGUUCUACCAACAAAAAUGUCACACAAAGUAAACAGAAUUUCUUAUCACUACCAUAAUGUUUUUGUUAUAUGUUUGUUAAUGUUUACAUUGUUUAUAAUUUUAAUCACGGCAUAUCAUAUAUUUAAAUUUGGAAGUACACAAAAACGCUCCGUAUAUAAUGCAAUUGUUCUCAAUGAUCUGCACUCAUUGCCUAUUCAAGUAAUAGAUGCAGAUUUUCCAAUGGCAGACACUACAAAUAUAUCUUGCACAUACUUCAGCUGUUUCAAUGUUUAUCGCUGUGGCAGUCAAGGGAAUAAACUUUUAGUAUACGUUUAUCCACCAAAAAUUUAUAUAGAUUCAUCAGAGAGACCUAUAACAAGUCAAAUAACGAAAGAAUUUUAUCAAAUUUUAAAUACCAUUAUCUCAAGUAAGUUUUACACACCGAAUCCAUAUGAAGCAUGUAUCUUCAUUCCGUCAAUUGAUACAUUGAAUCAAAAUAGAUUAAAAUUACAAGAAGUUUCACAAGCAUUGAAAGCUUUGUCAUUCUGGAAUAAUGGAGAGAAUCAUUUAAUAUUUAACAUGGUACCUGGAAGUGUACCUGAUUAUAAUACAGUCAUUGAUGUACCUGUUGGGAAAGCAAUGAUCGCGGGUGCAGGAAUGUCAUCAUUAACAUAUAGAUCUGGCUUUGAUAUUAGUUUACCAGUAUAUAGCCCUCUUGUAAAUAAUCUUAAACCGAAUUUUAAUAAUAAAAGACCAUGGUUAGUUAUUUCAUCUCAAAUGAACAUUAAUUCUGCUUUCGAACAAGAUUUAUUAGAAGUUAAAUCUAUGUCACCAAAGGAUAUUUUAAUAUUAGGAACAUGUCUGCAUUAUAGUUCUAUGAACAGUGCAAUCAGGUGCGCAGGAGAAGAAGUUUAUAAGUACCCUAAUGUGCUUCAAACAGCAACAUUUUGUCUAGUAAUUCGAGGUGCAAGACUUGGUCAGAGUACGCUUUUAGAAUGUAUGGCAGCAGGUUCUAUACCUGUAAUCAUAGCUGAUUCUCUUAUAAUGCCUUUUCAUGGUACAAUUGAUUGGACGAGAGCUGCUAUAUUCAUACGUGAAGUCAACAUUUUAUCAGUGAUAUCAGUUUUAAAAAAGAUAUCUCAGCAACGAAUUAUAGAACUUCAAGAACAGGGUGCAUGGCUUUAUGAAAAAUAUUUCAUGUCCAUGGAAAAAAUAACAGAGACUACAUUGGAAAUACUUGCAGAUCGUGUAUUCUCACAUUUAACUAGAGAUUAUACAUUUUGGAACAUACCACCUCAUAAGGAUGUUACAUCUCCAUUGUUUUUACCUAUCACUGUGCCAAAAACUCGAGGAUUUACUGCUGUAAUUUUAACAUAUGAUAGAUUGGAAUUACUAUUUCUUUUAAUUAAUAAACUUGUUAAAGUACCAAGUUUGUCUAAAGUUCUAGUUAUAUGGAAUAAUCAACAGAAAGAUCCUCCACAUUCAUCUAGAUGGCCAAAAUUGAAUAAACCAUUAAAAGUUAUACAAACAAAGGAAAAUAAACUAUCUAAUAGAUUUUAUCCAUACAAUGAAAUUGAAACUGAAGCAGUUCUAUCAAUAGAUGAUGAUAUCAUUAUGUUAACUGCUGAUGAAGUAGAAUUUGCUUAUGAGGUAUGGAGAGAGUUUCCAGACCGAAUAGUUGGUUUUCCAUCUAGAAUUCAUAUGUGGGAUAAUGGAACAAACUGUUGGAAAUAUGAAAGUGAAUGGACCAACAGUAUUUCUAUGGUUUUAACAGGAGCAGCAUUUCAUCAUAAAUACUGGAAUUACAUGUAUACCACUGCUAUGCCCGGUGAUAUAAAAGAAUGGGUUGACGAACAUAUGAACUGCGAAGAUAUAGCUAUGAACUUUUUAGUAGCAAAUAUCACAAAAAAAGCGCCAAUAAAAGUGACACCAAAAAAGAAAUUUCGAUGUCCAGAAUGCACAAAUACUGAAAUGUUAUCAGCAGAUUUAACGCAUAUGGUAGAACGUACACAGUGUAUAAAUAGAUUCUCUUCUAUUUACGGUUCAAUGCCAUUACAAUCAGUUGAAUUUCGAGCAGACCCCGUUUUGUUCAAAGAUAUAUUUCCCGAAAAACUUAAAAGAUUCAAUGAUAUUGGAAGUUUAUAAGUAUUUGUUUAUUUUAAAAUAAAAAAAUUUUUUUAUUGAAAAUUUAUUUAUUAUUAGGUUAAAUUUGAUUACUAUAUUUAUAAAAAUAAGUGAAAUAAAUGAUUUAUUGAAA